AUGUGGGAAGCCGGGUAUGGGCAUGGUUUGGCAACAUUUUCUGGACAGGCAGGUGGACUAUUGUGUGCUUCGGCUGAGUUGGCUUAUGGGUUAGUAGCCGAAGACUCUUGUCGGAAAUUCUUUCUCGUGGAAGGCAUAGUGCUGAUGUUUGCUCGCUGGUCAGAGAAUCUAACCGAGGAUGGUCCGCGCCAACUCAUCCGUGACCAAGGCAAGAUCUAUACUGCCUGCGGACAGGGCAAAAUCCCGUUCGUCAGCGCUACGGAUAUCGCGGCCGUCGCCUAUUGCGCUCUGACCGAUCCUGACUCACAUAACUGUAACCACCAGCUAGGAUGA